GAAGGUUCUGGCGAGAGACGUGACGCCGUCAACGUUUCGCUAAUCUUCGGCGUCUGCGUUUCGCCCGGUCGCAGCGAUAUAUCAGCAGUUUAUUUACACGCUCCUAUUCUAAUAUUUAAGCAUCAAGCCUCUGUGUUAGGAUCCGGCAAAAAUGAAAUGGAUGUUUAAAGAGGAUCAUUCCCUCGAACACCGAUGUGUGGAGUCAGCCAAAAUACGCAGCAAGUAUCCUGACAGGGUGCCAGUAAUAGUGGAGAAGGUGUCUGGCUCACAGAUCGUGGACAUUGACAAAAGGAAGUACCUGGUGCCUUCUGAUAUAACCGUGGCCCAGUUCAUGUGGAUCAUCAGGAAGCGCAUCCAGCUCCCCUCAGAGAAAGCCAUCUUCCUCUUUGUCGACAAAACUGUUCCCCAGUCCAGUUUGACCAUGGGCCAGCUGUACGACAAGGAGAAAGACGAGGACGGCUUUCUGUAUGUGGCUUACAGCGGAGAGAACACCUUUGGUCUUUAGGCCUUAUAUACUAUAACAAUUCUGGGUUAAUGUUAUAUUUUAAUGCCGUUCUGUCUUUCUCAUACACACAGACACAGACACACACACAAACAAACAAACACACACUCUAGGGCCCAACGCAUAUUUGCGCAGGAAGUUAUUGACCAAUAUUUGCCUUUCACAGAUAUUGUGACAUUAAUUACAUCACUAUGGCACCAACACAGUUUGCACAAAUGAGUCUCUGUUAGUUGUAAAAACACACCUGACAAAAUCCUAAAAUAAACGUAUACUAUAGCUCUGUUUGGGUUCAGACGAAGCUAUGAUUAUUUAUACAGACGACAGUCAUGCAGCCUUGAGGGUGUUUGUCACAGUUAAUCUUCAAUUAACAUUACACUAAUGCAUUUUUCCACCACAGAAAUAUGAUGAUUACAAAGGCAUUUCAGACAUCAAUCACUAUCCUCCAACCAACAUCAUUAUCAUGCAACAGCCACUUAAUAAAAAGAAAAAAGGUUGGGCUCUAACACAAGCACACACACACACACAUAGAUGCAUUCCAGUGGCGACAUUAAUCCACAUUGCUUUCAUGCAGGCUUGAGUAUAUCACAGAAAAUUGUUUCCCACAGAAGCGUUAAGGAAACAUAACCACGCGAAAAGAAUCGCUAACCAUGUUGCUUAUGCAUUUGCGUGGCUCAUAUGAUGUAUAUAAAACUUAAGCGUGUGAAUUUAAGUCUUUCAUUACACUUGACAGUACGGUAGACUGUGGGAAACAGGCAUGACAAAAAGCAUGCAAAGCAAGACAACUCGAGCCCUCGAGUGAGCGAAUAAACAGGUUAGCCAUGAGGAUAUGGCAUUAGCUAACAGUUGCAGGGUUUCUCAAACUCUGGACCAGGGGCCAGAGCAAGACCCCAAGAUAUUACUGAAGAGUUCAUGCACUGGUUAUCCAGAAAAGGGAGUUUUCUUUGUUUUCUAGUAGUAGUCACAAUUACAAUUGUCCCCAAGGGCUGAUAGUAAAAUUGCUUGAAGGUUUCCCAAGACCAAAAAGCAAUUGUUUACAAGCCCCACCAACACCAUCAGUACGAGAAAUAUUAAAGUGGUGAUUCUUUAUAUUGCUCUUUGCUCUCUCUCGCUCUCGCUCUCGCUCUCUCUCUCUCUCUCUCUCUCUCUCUCUCUCUCUCUCUCUCUCUCUCUCUCUCUCUCUGUGGGCAUAUUUAUCAAUAUAAGCCUUUAUCUGAGAUGAAAACAGUUUCUGUAGACUCAUCACCGUUGCAUCCAUUUAUCAUCAGUAGGACACUCACAUUUUACUUGAAGUGUAUUUUACCCGUUUAUCUGCACAUUGUAAGCAUAUAUACACACCAUUUUUAAAUGAUGUAAGCCACUUUAUAUAAAUUAUACCACAUUAUGUUGUGCAUUAUUGUACAUUACCAUCUUGUGUGACUGUGUUAUAAGAUUCUCACUAGCUAGGUAGUCAGCCCAGAGGAGUACUCAUCCCCAGUUUUUUUGACUUGUAUGUUUUAGUCUAUUGAAUAUUGUGAUAAUUUUUACAAUUGUACUACACUCAUGCACAAUGUGAUUUAACUUUGCUUGUAAUUUGAGCAGUGUGCUUGUUAAGGCCUUGGUAACGAUAAAACACAGCAUGGAGCUGUGCAGGAAAGGUGAGGUGGGACUCUGCCCUCCAAAUUCAGUUCAGCCUCCUCUGAAUCUGACCCCCCACUGAAAACCUGGUCAGGGUUGCAACUUCGGUGCUGAAAUGGUUCAAGAAUUCGUGUUUCCGCCCGUUACUUCCUGUCAGUCAUUUUAGAGACACAUUGCCGCAACCUGAAGCUAUUUUAAUCCUUCAAAAAAAUGGGGUUGCAAUCUCGAGGGGAAUACUAGAUACUGUUACUGAAUGAACAUGAAUGCUGUGGUGUGACGGGAUUGUUUUAUUUCACAACUGUUUGUCAUUUGUUUAUUACGUCCUAAAAAUGUUAAAGAAUUUUAGAUAAUUUUAGAUAUUUCUAAAGGUAAGGUGGCUGAAUAAUCUGGCCAAUAAAAAGAUAUAAAAUUA